CGGCAGAGCUCCUCCACGCGGCGCGUCGGCGGCGGCACGUGCUUACUCCGUGGCGGUCCUUGGCUCCAAGCGUGCCCCGACUCGCACGCACCACAUUCGAGCCAUCCGCCGAUCGCGUGAUCUGCCAACUCCUGCCCGGCCAUGCCGAUUGCCCUGCUUCUCCUCGCCCUCUCCCCCGCGCCGACGCUGGCUGCGCGAAGCAACUUCGAGGAGAUGAUCGCGGCGGCUGCGCUUCACGACCCCUCGCUCUCGCACCUCUCGGUGCCAGACGCAGAGCUGCCAGAUCUGGGCGAAGACUUCUCGUCGGUGCUGGAAGAGGGCUCUGGGGCCUCACAGAACCGCAGCAAAGAGCAGUGGGGCGAAGACGUAGAGUGCUUCUGCAUCGAUUACUACGAGUUUGUCGACUGGGACGACUACAGCCACUACUCCAACCCGGAGGACUGCAUGCAGGGUGGCGAUCGGUGCAACGAGAAGUGCGAGAGAGACCCCAAGCACAUCAUCACCUUCGAGGGGAAGCGCCAGACCCUUUCCUUCUGCGGGACAGACGAGGGCUACCCGAGCCGGGAGCCGGAGUGCCAGUGCCUGGACGGGACAGAGACGUUCAAGCACUCCAACACGAAGAAGGCCCUCAAGAAGUACGGGAACCCCAACCUCCUGACGCAGUUCGCCCACGGCGCGGAGCACGCGUUCGACGGCUACGGGAGCAGCGCCGCCAACUUGCGCGCCUGCUACAUGGAGUGCCCCAGCCUCUGCGAGUCGAAGCAGAAGCUCACGGGCGGCUGCGCCAUGCCCACCUCCGCGUGAGCUCCCGCCGCCCGCCGCCCGCCGCCCACCGCCCACCGCCCACUCCUCCCUCCCUCCCUCCUCCCCAGCCCGCAACAUCCGACUCGUACCCUCGAGUCGGGCCUGUCCCUCCACAGGGGGGAAAUUCAAAAGUAGUCUUAGGUCGGGCCUGCCCCUCUACAGCGGGGGAUAUUCAAGAAUAGUCAG